GAUGCAGAAAGCUCUUUAUUCGUUGCUUCAUUCUCCUCAAAACAACAUGAAAGUUACUAUCAAUAACGUUUCUAUAAAACGGAACGAAAACUUUUUCUCGGUUUUACAAGAAGUUUUUUCUCGUGUAUUUGAAAGCGACGAUCCACUUGCUCUUUAUUGUGAGCUUCUGACUCAAGUUCUUAUGAAAACCCAAAUUCUGCAGAUUAUUAAGGAGGUCCAACUUGGGGACGAGUUAGACGUGGAGGCCAUCUAUCAACUUUAUGUUUCUAUCGUUGAAGAACUCGGUAUGACCAAAGCUUGCGCACUCUUCGAUGAUUGGAAUGAGGCAUCGUGUCAACUCGUUCUUGCGGAUUAUAAGAAAUCGAAAGACCCACUCCCUUCACAACUCCCCUUCUUUCGGCUUGAAGAUAAAAUAUUGAAGAUCCGAAAGUUUUUAGUAGCCGCUACUAGCAAGGACGUCUCCGUCAUAAUAACUCUUAUAAGAGAAGAAAAAAACUCCAAUAACAAAAAAGAUCUCGUUGUGGAUCCGAAAGGCGAUAUUUCUUACCAGUAUGAAUGCUCCGUUAUCGAUACGGAUCCCAAACUUUUUAUUAAUAUACCAAAAUAUUUGUAA